GGACCUUUUCGGGUGCCGCGGGCUCCCGUAGUCGAGGAAAGCACUGAUUGGCUGAAGCUGGAAAGUGCCGCUUCCUCGGCGGUUUCGGUUUUCGCUGCGAUUGUCCGUGGAGGCCGGGCUUGGGGGCCGCCUGGAGUGAGGGUUCUGGAUCCCGGCCGAGAGAUGAGAAAGCCGGGGCCUUGAGAGGUGAAAUGAUGAGUUAUCCAAGUCACAGCUAAUUCGGUAGCAGAGCUGGAAUUAGAACUCAGGUUUCCUGCCUCCCAAGUGCCAAAAACUGACAACAGCAUUCCCCUUCCUGAUUCAUCAGAAUCACCCAGGAUCACACAGACGGACUCCCGGGUCCUGCCCCAGAGCUGUUGAGUGGAGUCUCCAAGGGACCCUAAUGAUUCGGGUCUGGGAACUAGACUUGGAGCUGCAGCCUGUGUUCCGCGUGAAGGAGCCCUUCCACAGCUUUUUCUCCGGCCCCUCUUGGCUCAGGCGUCGUAUUCUCCAGAAACUGUCCUUGGAUCUGCCGCACCUGGGCUGGACGAGUCUUUCUGUGGCCUUCUCUGAUUGUUAAAAUGAGUCUGCGGAAGCAAACCCCUAGUGACUUCUUAAAGCAAAUCAUCGGACGACCAGUUGUGGUAAAAUUAAAUUCUGGAGUGGAUUAUCGAGGGGUCCUGGCCUGCCUGGACGGCUACAUGAACAUCGCUCUGGAGCAGACAGAAGAGUAUGUAAAUGGACAGCUGAAGAAUAAGUACGGGGACGCAUUCAUCCGAGGAAACAACGUGUUGUACAUCAGUACACAGAAGAGGCGAAUGUGAAGACCCUGGAGAGAAGUCCUUUGCGUAGCGGGACGUGUAUAUUUUAUGAAGUUGUCUGUUCUGUUGUUUGGUUCUUUGGUGAUAUCAUUUGUUCUGCUUUCAUAAUAGUCGGUGAUUUUUCACUGACAUGGGAGUAAGUUGAAUGUAUAACAUUGUGAAUUUAAUUGUAAAGAGUUCUUUGCAAUAGGCAGUUUCUUUUACCUCCAUUUCAGUAUCCAAAAUGCUAAAAGAAUAAAAAAAAAGACAAACCUGUU